AUGCAGAACCGAAUCAAUCAAGCUCAGGGAACGGUAAAGCGAGUGAAGCUCCAAAGGCUAAAAAAAAAUAAAAGAAAUGAUCAGCUUAGAGAAGUUGACGUUAAGUUUAUGAAGUAUAUGGAUUCAAUAGCACAGGAGGAGAGCAGCCGUAGUAUGAACUUUUUUAGGGGAAUUUCUGACACAGUUGACAGGUUUAGUGACGAAAAUAUGAUAGACUUUCAGUUUCAAGUCAUUUCAGUGAUUAAGAACAUUCAACAAAGAGAGCAAAACCGAUAUAUACCUACACCUAGAAACCAAUGGAAUCGUGGCCCUCAAGGAUAUUAA